UGUAAAACUGCAAGAAGUAGGGCAAGAGCGUCUUUUAAAGCUAUGAUGAUACGACGUGGUACGAAAACGAGAUCGGACUCGGACUCUCCAGAUCUUAUGAAUCACACGACAGACGCCUCUGACACUACGAGCAUUCUAGAAGAUGGAGCAACAAGUCCUACUGCGUCGUUCAUCUCACACUCGAAAAGUGGGCACAGUAAACACGAUGGUGACUCCAGAAGAGAGGCAAAAACAGUCAAGGUUGCCCUCCCAGGGGCGAAGAAAGUUCAGUCUGCGGCUAAAAAGAAAAAGUCCACACCAGAUUUGGUAUUUACAGCAAUAAAUAAGAUUUAGUUGCUUUGACGUUUGUAGUUGUCGAUUUUAGAAUCGCCCCUAAAUGUGCAUUCUUCAGGGAACGGCAUUGAAUUUAAUUCAGACAGGUCUUAAGUAUUGGCUCAUCUGUUGACGUCCACUGUUAUUUUUCUUUCCGUAGGAUAUCCACAAAGAAAUUAUAAAAUGUCGAGAUGAAGGGUCAACACAUUUGGAUCUAAGCAAAGCAGCGGUAAGGUCUUGUAGAAGAUAAGGAGGGAUAUUUACACUUACGGCUUUAGCUUAUACUUAAGCGUGCAACUCUGGCAUAAAUUUCAUGGUAUUACCUAACCCUGUUUGUUAGAAAAUUGCUCCUAUAACCUUUUACUGUGUGGUUGUUAAACGCAGCUUUAAAUGGACUAGACGUGUGUUAAGGAAAAUGCAACUAAGUGAGCAUGCAGGAUUUCGAGUAGUUUAGAUUUCCGGGAUCGAAAUUUUCACUUGUCUCGUUGAUAUUUUUGCCCUUGGGGAAUUUCUUUUAUUUUCAGCUGCUUUGAGCUCGCUAUCCACGUUUUUCGAAUUGAAUUUUUUUUAUAGCUAAUUAAAUAGCUUGAAAUAUCUGCAGUAAUAGAUCUAGGAAAGAGAAAGGAAGGAUUUACGUGCGUAAAUUUCCAUUUUUUUGAACGUGAUCGUUGAUCAGGUCACCUGUCCAAAAAUAUCGUUUACCCUGACUUACAAGAAAUCCAAUAUGUCAUUAUCGAAUGUGCAUGUCUUUGUCUUAGACUUCCUUUCUUUUGAUAUUUCAAUGUAUAAAUAUUUGAUUAUGUUCCUAGUUAGUUGGAAUGUGCCUUUAAUAUUAUGAAUUUGGCGAGUAGAGAUCCUCCUGCUGUCGAUCGAGUUUUUGAUUUGCGAUCUCUUUGUUUUUGAGGGAGUUAACGUUAUUUGGUGAAUUUAUUUUAAUGAAAUUUGCAAAUUAGCUCGAUUUUAAGGCUGAGGCAGUCUACACUUAGUAAAAGAACUCUCAUAUUUUUCAUGAAAAAAGUAUUUUACUGUUUUCUUUCUUGAUGCUGAAUCAGCACAUACCUUUAUCAUAAUUAUAGAUUGAAACUCCAAUUUCCAGCAGUAAUUUAAAAAUUAACCUUGGUGAAGUUUGAACGUGACGAAGUGAGCAAUUAAAUUAAAUCAAAGGACGUGCAUUGAACCUUAAAGGGAUCAAAACAAAAAAGAUAUAUUAUCGGGAGAUCCUAUUAGGCCCAGCCAAAUGAAUGGUACAUCAUUCAACAUGGUUGGGUGACUCUAAACAGUGUUAAGCCUAGAAGCCAGAUCAGAUCAACAUGUUUAAUUUCUUAAAGGGGCUACACCUGUCACACUGUCUCCUACCUUUCUAAAAGGCUAAAACAUGUCUUUGCAUCAAUUAAAUUCCAAAAAUAAUGAUCCAGUUUUGUUACUCAAGACUAUAGGCAUUGAAAUACUGUUUCCUGUUGUCUCUUGCUACGGAUGGCAAGGAUAGACCUGGAUUGAAACUUGAAAAAGUUUGGUGCUAUUCCUGCAAAAGUCACCUGAGAAGUUAUUAUGGUUUGGGCUCCUUGAUGAAAUUUGCUUGAUAUUGUCUUCGUAAAUAACGAACUCUGCAGAAGCAUUUUGUCUAUGUGUAAAGGCAUUAAGUAUCGACUUAACCAGAGAAUUGACCUCAAACAGUAAUAUUCUGGUGACAUGGCUCCUUUAAGAUCAUUAUAGAUCUUCAUUGUGAUGUCGGGAGCAUUGAUCUUGUGAGCUGCUUCUCACGAACAGGUUCUUGAUUUCCAUUAAAUUUCUGUGAUUCUGUAGUUGGAACAGAGGCUUCCCCAUGUAGAGUCCUCCCAUCCUGUCACCCAAACGGCAACCAGAAGUUUUUUCUCAAACCAUUAUCCCUAUCUGCUUUUAUAAGCUACUCCUGAUUUGGAACUUAAGUUGUAAGAAGUGUCAUUAAAAGUCUAGAAGAGUUUAGAUUCUCUUAUGUUUGGGUAUUUAGUGGGAGAUAAUUGGAUAGGAAGAGUAAUAGAAUGACAGGGUUGAGCAUUUUGGGUUACAGUAUUGUCAAAUUAAAGGAUAUUUUAAGCAUUUAAGAAAGUGCUGCUGACUUCUCCUAAUGGAUCUUGGUUCUUGAAAAUGAUGUUAAUAAAUUCCACAGAAUCAUACAUGGUAAAAUGCCAAAUAUCAUGUUUUUUCCAUAAUUUUCUAAGUGUCUCUUUUACAUAAUUAUAUUCUAAUCCCUUGCUUAAAAAUAUGCCAAGUUCCAUUCCAAAAUAAUCCCAUAAAACUUCCUUGGGACCCUUGGGACAUGCAGGGCUGUCUCUAAGAUUUCAAGUUCUUGGGUAUAUGUGAUUAGUAGAUGGCGGGGCAUUGAAUAGCUACAUGAAGGAAGAUCUUUUGGUUGUAUUUUGCUUUUGUUUUCUGUGAAAGUUGGGGUGGAGGGGUGGGGUCAUUGUAGCCAGGGGAAAAUCCCUGGGUCAUGACAGCUCUGGGCUUGAGAAUCUGAUUACCAAGAUUCUGGAACCAACAUUUAUGGCCUCUGCAUUGGUCUCUUGAGUAAGAAGUCCAUUCUUUAUCAUGUUAAGGGUCAGCUUUGAUUUUAUCAUCAAUAGAUUAAAUUAACUGAACAAUCAUCAGUUACAAUCAGAAAAUCUUGUUAUCUGAAUUCCAUUUUUUUGUUUUUCCCCUUUGUGCAAGUCAAAAAAAAUAUUGUUUAUGUGGAUGACUAUGAAAAUGACGCAGUGCCGUCUCCCUGUGUUUUAGAACCUACAAGAAAUGUAUAGCAAAAGGCCAUCAAUGGAUUACAGUUGCAUUAUGACUCCAUUUAAAAGACAACUGACAAUUUUCAAUACUUUCAUUUUCCAAUAAUAAUUUUUAUUUAUUUUCUGUGGUAAUUGAGUAGGUUUUUUGAUGGAUGAUCGAUUAUGAUAAUCUGUUGUUGAUGCAAAAAUAGUAGCUUAUUUUGGUAUUGGGUUAUAUAAAGCAGAGUAAUCCUACUCUUCUUCAGCCAGUAAUGUGUAUUUUGUGGUUUUGUUUUAUCUUUGGUUCAGCCCUUAUUUUUGAAAGCCAGCAAAGAUGAGUUUGUUUAACUGUUGACUGCUUUUCUGUCAUUACACUUGCUGCAAAGUUAGUAGCACUAGAGUUAUGACUAUUUAAUAAGCCCAACCGAACAUUAAAAAGCUCCCAAUCUUGCUUUGUCUCAUUACCACAGCAUUAAAAUCCUUUAAUCCAGAAAUAAACAAAGUAGAUACCUGAGCCUUUAUUCCACUUUACUUUGCUUUUGUGCAUCCAUAAUUAGCCUUUAUCCCUUAGUCACUUGUUCACACAAUCUCUCUCAUUGAACCAAUCAGAGAUUGCUUGUUUUACCAAACAAACUAACUUCCAUUACCUCGUCCUUUAUGGGGUCUAGUCAAACACUCAAUGUCAUAAUUUACUCCAAUUUUUCCAUUCUCUAGGUGACAGCACUACCCAAAGAACUCAAAGAGGUAUGGGUUGUUCUAGUUACACUGUAACUUCUACAAGUAUUUUCUAAUUAAAAAUGUAAUGAUUGAAUAAAAUAUCCUGCUAUAACACAUGCUAUUAUUAGAGAGUUGAUACUUAAGUUUUCAAUAUUAUUGAAUUCUCUAAAUAAAUCUUUGUUCAUUAGGGCACUGUCACUCAAACCUUGAUCAGUUAUUGUAAGGCUGUAGAGUCUCACACGGUUUUACGAACACCUGCUUAAUACAGACAACUUGUUAUUACGAACAGGUUGCUGCAUGUGUCCAUAGGGAAAGAAAGGCCUUACUUUUUCCCCAAAAUACACCCAGUUGAUAUGGACAAUCUCAAUACCCCCCCCCAGUGACCGUAUUAACAGGGUUUGUCUGUAAUUAAACAUGUUUGCAAUUUUGGCCUUUUUUGUUUUUAGUGAGAUGGUAUUAGUGACAAUCAGCCUCCCUGAACUUGCUAUGGAAGUUGUAUUGUCUUCAGCUUCAACCUUAUGAGCCCAAAUAUCCACAUUCAAAUUUUCCACACUACUCUCCAUACCUUUUUUUAAAGAAUUAGUUGAGAGAAUUAUCCGUUUUGCCACUACGUCUUAUACUGACAGUAUUUAAGGCAUUAAGUUAUAACAUUAGUGUGGAUAUGAACAGGGUUGUCAGAAAGUUUUGAAGUAGACGGCUGAGUUGUCAAAGUAAGCGGCCAGUCCAGGGAUACAGUUGACUCCCGAUAACUUGAACCUAGCACUAACUCGAACCAAAGUCGAUUUCCCCUGGAUUCCCUUCUUACAUUUACUGUAAUUUUACCCUCGGUAACUCGAACCCUCUAUAACUCGAACCUCCCGCUAACUCGAAGUAAUUUUUGUUUCUGUUCAAAUCAUUUCUGUACAAUUUUUCCCUCAAUAACUUGAACCAUGUUAUAAUAAGCGCGUGACAAGUUGGGAGGAAAACCGUGUACUGAAGUCCGAAACAUUGAAUUUAUUUUAAAAGAACCGAGUCAAUUCUUUGUCGUUACUUUUUUGUCACUCCAGUUCAAAUUCAGCGUCCAUCUCUGUUUACUUUGUGGCUUAAUUGCAUUCCCUCAUUCCCCUCCCUAUCCAUUUGCUUAUUUCCUUACUUCCGGUUAUUUGCUUCAAACUCCCGUUAACUCAAACUUUUUUCAAUUUCCCUUGAAGGUUUGAAUUAUCGGGAGUCGACUGUAUUUUAUUUAAAAAACGCAGACGAUACUAACUAAGUAGGCGGCGGUUUUUGCUGGCAGCUGGCUACUUUUGACAACCCUGUAUGAAAUGGAAAAUGUUCUGCACCAAUCCACCAUUUGGACAGGGUCUCAGAGGAAAUAUCUCUGAUAAAGACAUUCAUGUUUAAAAUUUAUCCUUUUUUAUGUUUUCAGCUAACCCAGCUAAAGGAGCUUUAUCUCUAUGGUAACAAAAUUGCAACUCUUCCUCCAGAAGUUGGGAUGCUGAAAAACUUAGAAAAACUGGCAUUAAAUGAGAAUAACUUGAUUGACUUACCAGGUAAUUGUAGAAUAUUGUGCUAUUAUUGUAUAGUUCCACAGGACUAUGUAAAAGUGUGGUAAUCAUGGAUUUGGUGGUAAAUUCCAUUAAUGCUGCAGUGCCCAAAGAUGAUUAUGUAUUCCUGGCUCAGUGGCUUAGAGAGGUUUUUGUAUAGGACAAUAUAAAAUGACUCUGACCAGCUUCAAUCAUUAUAAGUGUGAAACAAGAAAAGUUGUCCAAAUAAGGUCAUUGUUGUCAAUGUAUGUUGUUUAUUUCUUCCGGUACGACUAAUGGAUUUUUCCCGUUUUUUUAUUUUAUUAAAUAGUUUUAAUGUUUUUGGCAGAUACCCUGGUAAAGUUAAAGAACCUAAAAUUACUUGACUUGAGACACAACAAGAUGAAGGAGGUAUAAUAUUACAAUAUUGAAUUCCUUAAAUCAGCUUUGAGAAUUUUAAAAACUUGUGCCAUGGGUUAUUAAUUAGCCAUUUUUAUAGCAUUGUAGGAAUGACAAGACUAUGAAAAUAAAUUGGGUUCAAAAAACAAAUUUGGAUAAGACACUUGAGGCCCAAAUCUUAAAAAUGUUAGUAACUUUCAAGAUUAAAAGCCAAUAGUAUUUUUUCUAAAUCCGAAUCUAUCAGAGGCGGGUGGGGCUACCAACUUGACCGAAAUUAGUCACUCAAGAAAGUUCAGUUUUACAGCAAUUUCAGAAGGCAUAUGAACUCAUCAUAUGACUGUAGGAGAACAUUUUCAUGACUGCUGGUUCUUGGUGGAGUUCUCAUCUCUCAAUCUGUCAACAGAAAUUCACUGAGAAACGGGCAUCACUCAAUUGUGAAAUGUCAUUAUUGCCACAGGCCUGUACUCUAGCAGAGCCCGGUGGCCUGUGGCGCCUAACUUUUGCUCUUGGGCUACUAGAAAAUCUUACUAUUUUCAUGCAAAUCAUAUGUUGCGUGCUCUGGAUUUCACACGUUCAGAGCACUGGGCUCCCUUAAAUUUUUCUUAGAGCACAACCUUUUGUCAUUAUACUAAGAGAAAAAGGGGGCUUUCAGGUCAACCCCCUGGAUCCUCCCAAAUGUAUGCCCUUGUCCUGAUAUAAAUGGGGUUGGGGGAUGAAGUUAAAUUUGUCCAAUCAAUGCUUAAGGAUUACAUUUUGCAAACUCAAAAGAGGUGUCUUUGUAACAAGAGGGUCUCAGUGAGGUGGUACUUUUGACAGUUGUCAUUGAGUUUUUUCCAAUUUUGACGGUUGACAGUUAAGUUUUAGAGCUUUUGACAGUUGACCGUUAGUAAGUAGAAAUUUAGUCCAAUAAUUAAAGUAAAAUCAGUAUUAACUUUUGGGUCUUGGAGGUUGUCUUGGCCUUUCACUUUUAAGAUUUUUAAAUAUUUUCGUACAUAAGUAAGUUGUAAAGUCUUGUAAUGUCUAGAGAGUGUGUUUUUGACAAUAUAGGAACUAAUUUUUUUCAGGUUAGAUAUUCUUUAGGAGCCCGAAGUCUGUGAAAAUCAGCUGAAAUAGUGAAAUUUGAGAUACCCUAAGAGUUUUUGACAGUUAAUAUUAAUCUGCAUUUAUGACGGUUGAGGGUAAAAUAUAACCUUUUUUAAUGGUUGACAGUUAAAUUUUAGGCUGUUUGACGGCCCCAUCGAGGCCCUUUAAUAACAGUAUAAUUUCCCCUCUAGGAGUAACAGGAUUAAACCCCAACAUGCCUUUCCAUUCCCAAAAUGUUAUCAGAAUAUUCAGGAAAUCGGGGCUAAGAAAAUGUGUCUCGGAAAUGUGUUUGACAGUGCAGGCUAUAACUAAAGCUGAUUUGAUGUAUUUUCUUUGCAGAUUCCUCCAGUGGUAUAUCGACUUACAUCACUAACAACUCUUUACUUAAGAUUUAAUAGAAUCAAUGCUGUGGAACCUGAAAUUGGGAACUUGCGGGUAAGCCAGAGUAAUUGUUAUUACCUGUAUCUUUGGUUUAAUCUGCUAAACUAAAGCAAACUUGAGGAAAAGAUUCUAAUGGUUAUUGUCCAAUAAUAAUUUUUAAUAAGUAUUGUUAUAUUCCUAGACUUUCACUCAACUAAACAGGGACUACCAUUGGUUUAGUCUUGGUUAAGUAGCCUCCACUAAAAUCAAAUGUAUCCCGAUUGUGAUACAUUAGGCAAUGUACCCUGCUUGGGAUACGUUACUGCACGAGAUGAAAGCAUGGUGUAAAGUGGCGUGACAGAAGGCAGGAAAAACACUGCUAGUUUUCUUUUUCAUGAAUUUCAUGGAAGAACACAAUAACACAAACACGAAGCCUCAAGCUAAAAAGCAAUGAUUAUCUUUGUUUAUCAUGGUUUUAUUAAGUUGACUAUCUGCCAUGGCUCAAAUAGUGAACACAUAAUAUUAAUCACAUGUAAGGGCUUCAGAAGGUGAAAUUAUAAUGACAACACAAAUGCUUAAGUGGCCUUAUAUCAUUUAGUUGUGCAAAGUAAUAUAAUAAUUUAUUAUUGAUAACCUGUUUUGUUGCAAUUCCAGUUACUUGAAAGAUUAAGCCUUAGAGAAAACAAGAUUAAAGAUUUACCAGCUGUAAUAGGUAGGAAUGACCUCUUUGGUGGACAUUCUGUAGCAAAUGCAAACAUAAUAAAAUUUCAUGUUACUUUGUACCAUACAUACAUGUGCAUUCAGAGAGAACACAUUGGACUGUUAGGUUGAGAUGAUUGCCAACUUUUUAAAUAAUUUAUUAGCUUUUCCAGUUAUAAUGAGCCCUUCCACCCCACCCCCACCUUCACCCCUCCCCUCCUCCCCAAAACAGGUGGAAUAUUUUCCCAGUAUUUUAUUCUCUUGCAGCAACAGCUGAGCUGUAAAUGAUUUAUUUUUGGUCUGAGGUGAGAAGACACAAAAGGAGACAAUACAGUUGCAUUCUAGCCUCACACCUGUAUUGUAGUGAGUUCAAGUAACCAGGGUUUAGUGCAUUGAAACGAGUGUUUUAAAAUCAUGUUUGUCAUCUUUAGGUCAGCUAGUUCAUCUUGUCACUCUUGAUGUUUCACACAACAAUAUUGCAAGUAUACCUAGAGGUAUGUCUGGUGUUAUAUGGAAGGAAAAAAAGUUUUGAUAAUUUUCCUCAGGUUUAUUGAUGGACUUAAAUCCAAAGUGAAGGCCACAAAUGAUGAAUUCACAGGUGUGAACAGUCUGUCACGUCAAUAUCAUGAUUAAAUGUUAUGAGACAUGUACAGCCUUACCCAAAAAACAAAGAAAAAUAACAUUUAGACCAAAGAUCACAUUGAACCACAACGUCCCAUGUCAUGCAGGACCUCAAUUUUUUUGAAAAUUAUGUUUUUGCCCCAUGGAUAACCUUGUGCUCCAAGUAUUUGUUUUGCAAAUGACCUUAAGUUAAAUGUAUCUGUUUUAAUUUGGGGGACAUAAAAUUAAUGUUGACCUUUCCUGUGUGCAGAUAUUGGAAACUGUGUGCAAAUGACAUCACUUGAUCUUCAACACAACGACAUUCCUGAAAUACCAGACACAAUAGGUAACCUAACAGAAAUGACGAGACUGGGACUCAGGUGAAUCUUAUAAUUACAUUUUUUUUUCUUGUCGAAAACUUUGCUCCACAAGGUGUUAAAUAUUACCUUACUGGUACUUAAUUUUGCGGGUCUUUGAUUUCAGUCUUUAUGCAAUUGUCAAAAAAUCGUGAAAUUAAUUAAAGACCCGCAAAUAAAAAUCCUCACGAAAGUUAAUACCCUGUAUAUAUAGAAAAUUCAAAUCACUGAAAAAAUGAUUAACAUAUAUAACAACAACAUUUACAGGAUAUAUAUUGACAAAUACCCACAUUAUUAACAGAUUUCACUCCAUUUUGUACCUUCUGUUGUGAAAUAACAUUAAUUUUCAAAGAUUUCACUUGUGGAUUGGAGAAUCUAGGUAUUAUCUUCAUCUGAAUCGCUAGAUUGUGCAAAAAAACAAAUGUGCAUUUUCCUUGUUCCAGUUUUUCUAGAAAUUUUUAAAAGUUCAGACAUUUUGAAAAAUAAUGUGAAGUUGAGAAUGCUUGAAUCACAAACUUCAAAGACCUUAUUUAAGUCGCAAAAAUAGAAUUCCACAAAAUACCCACAAAAUUAAGUAACAAUAAGGCACCAGAUACAGGCUUUUCAGGUUGGCAAUUUGCUUUAAUAAACUGUGUUGUUUAUCGUUGUUUACCUUCAUAGAUACAAUCAGCUAUCCUCCAUCCCAGCUUCUCUAGCAAAUUGCACAAAAAUCGAUGAGUUUAAUAUUGAGGGAAACAAUGUCUCUGAGCUGCCAGUAAGUACUUUUAUUUUUCUGGCUUUUCUUUCAUAUCUGCAAAAGUUGUGCCUUAUUAUUAAUUUCUCAGCAUCAAACCUUUUUUCCCUUGUAUUUCGCUGUAAUAUUAUUUUGGUCCCAUUGUCAUAUCCAAAAUUAUUCUCCAAGUUCAGUUAUCCUUAAUGUUGUAACUUCCAGUGACAUAAAUUUUAAUGCUAUUGAGGUUAAAAAGGUAAUUAUUAUUGUUUUUUGUUUUCUUGAAGGAUAAUCUGCUUCACUGUUUGAAAAUGUUAAACAAUGUCACACUAUCAAGGAACAACUUUGAACACUUUCCUACUGGACCACCUAAGCAGUUUGCUUCAGUCCAGGUACAAGAUUACAUUGUUGUUGUUAUUUACUAGGGAGUUUCAAUAAGACUUUCUAUGAUGACAGCAACAAAACAUUCAGUCAUUCUUCUUUUCUCACAACAUCAUUAUCAGGUGCAGCUGUACACGUAGAUGUUGCAAGGACUGCCAAAGUGCAAGCCUGCAAAUUAUAAAACCUGCUCUCCUUGCUCCUCACCACAAGGAACAUUUCACAGGAGAGACAUCGAUGCCUCAACAGUGUGCAAAGAAAGUAGUGUCCGAUAGCCCGGGGCUAGUGGAUUUUGCUAUCGGGCUAGUGAAUUCUGUUCUUAACUUUCCCCGAUGGGCAAGUGAAGUAUUUUGAGGAAUGCAACUCACAGAAGAUCUAUGAAAUCAAUUCUACUCCUCAGAAAAUGUUGGGGGCUAGUUGAAAUGACGUUUGAGCUAGUAAAUGCCAGCUUCAGCUUGCUGGAAUGGCAAGCUGUAAAAAUGACUUUCUUUGCAUCCUGCUCAAUGACAGAAAUUCCAUACUGAUGAAGUAAAACAGUGUUUCGUUAAUAAUUAAUCUGAUGGUCAUAGGGUUCCAAACAUAAAUUUGUUUAAGUUAAUGUUUCUUCUGAUCUGUUACAGUAAAGUUUUGAGUUCUUCUGCGAACAAGCUGCAGCAAAACUCAAAUGCUCCUUCUGAAGAAGAGUAUACUGGUAUUCCACAAAUAAUGACUGCAUCAUAGUAGAUUCAUCAUCACCAACAUUAACAUUAACCUUAGACCCUUGAGACAUUUGUCUUUUGUUUAUCAUUCAUAAACAAUGUUAUUGCUACCUUGACCAAUUAGAGCUCCUGACCAGAUUCUGGACAGAUUUUACUUCAUCAGUAUGGAAUUUCUUUUUGUUGAGGCCCAGACGUCGCCCCUCUUGUGAAAUGUCUCUAGCAUCUCUAUUUGUGUGUAUGUUCAACCUUCAUUUUAAAAUUAUUAUUUCAAUAUUUUGAGUGAAGCUAUUUAAAACCGUAGUGUAUUUGUUCAUUUUUAGACGUUUAUAAUGGAACACAACAAGGUUCAAAAAAUUCCUUUUGGAGCGUUUUCCAAAGCUAAAGCGAUGGUGAGUUUUGCACAAACAGCCGCUUCAAUACUUGCAUUGCUCAAACAAGGUGUUGGUAAAAAUCCUCCUUCAAAAUAAAAAAACUCCAAUUAAUUUAAAAUAAUCUAUUUUCACUGCAUAAAUGCAAGGUAAAUUGGGUUCUCCAAAUAAUGGAGAGGUCAGUAAGAAAGGAUAUCAAGUAUCACUUGUAUCACUUGUUCACUUCCUUAGUUUUGCCUAAUUUUGUUUACGGUUUACCCGUAUAUGGAGCUUCUGAACCUGAUCUUAAUAUUAUACAGAACUUUUUAGAUAGAUGUCAUAAACGCCAUUUUAUUUCUUACCCUGUUUCAAUUAAGGAUCUAUUAAAGAAGCAAGACUGUAAAAUUUUUAAGAAAGUAACUUCUAUAAUAAUAAUACCCACUAGGUCCAUAUAUUCCUACAAAGAGAGUUUGUUCUUAUAAUCUCCGUAACAAACAAUGUGCCCAUCCUAAAACUAUUACUUCAGGAAGGUUUCAUGUCUGCCUUUGUAAACAGACUAAUAUUUAAACACAACCUUAGUACAGGAUAGUUAACAUUCUAUGAUUAGUUUAUUUAUUUUAUGUUUUGCAGUAUUCAUAAACAUUUGUAUGUAACAUAGGAUAUGUAUCUUUAUAGUGUGUGAAAUAAAGAUCCAUUAUUAUUAUUAUUAUUAUUUUUAUUAUAUUAUUAUUAUUAUUAUUAUUAUCAUUAUUAUUAUUAUUAUUACUAUUAAAGGGACAGUAGUAGUAGCCAGUACACUAAAGAACAUUCUACAUUAUUCUCAUUUUUGAUCUACCACUGACUUCAAUCAGUGAUUAUUGUUGUUGGUCUUAAUUCCAAUUUGAUUCAGAAUUUAUGCUACCAGUUUACCAUUUUAAUUUUGUAUAUUGCAUUUUACGUUGUAAUUUUUUAUCUGUCUUGCACAGAGUUUAACAUACUAUAUUUUAUUUUUUUAGACUAAGCUUAACAUGAAGGAAAAUCGGAUUGCUGCUCUUCCGCUUGGUAAGAACUUAACACUUUUUUGUGCUGUGGAAGGUCAGUUCAUUACUGAUACUUUCCUCUUGGAUGAAAAAAUCCUGUUCACAACUGCUUUUCUUAUAAUUAAUUUUUUUCAGACUUUGGUAGUUGGGUCAGCUUGGUUGAGCUAAACUUAGGAACUAACCAGCUGUCAAGACUUCCUGGUAAUGAUUCAAACCUAUUUCCUUAGUAAUAGAUGCUUUAAAGUAAACUAAGGACACACCAGAAAGAACCAUUUAACACUUGAACUGAUGAAGUUGCUUUGGACAUCGGACAAUUGCACCUUGGAAAGCUGCGUUUUGGCAGUCAUUCAAUCGAAUCACAGCAGUGAGUUCUGUUAGCCCAAAUUGCCGAUAACCCAUUUCCAGUGCAACCUUUAUUGAGUAGGUAUAUUCAACUGCCUGUACUCCAAGAGAGCAAUAAGCAACUUGUUUUAUAAAACAUGUGCAGAUCUAUUAAUUUGUGAAACAUGGAGAAUGUCUCAGUGCUCAUUGCUAUAACAGAUUUAUGUUUAAAAAAUUUGGAAUAUCUACAGGGUUAUCAAGUUAGGUGUAGUCAUUAAUGUGGUGACUAAUUUGUAGGAUGGAAUUUAAGUUUAAUAGUGAUGUCUUAGGUAUUAUCCUAUAUUCCUAACAAAAUAAGGAAUCAUUACAGUCAAUUUAUUGAUGAUGUUCUAGAUUAUAUAUUUCUUAUAUCUACAUGUAGCAGAAUUUUUGUUGUUGUUGUUGCAGAGGAUAUCCAGUGGCUUACAAACUUAGAAGUUUUGAUUCUUAGUAACAAUUUACUUAGGGUAAGUCGUACUUUAAGUUGCUAAUAUUGUUAUUUUUAACGUAGAGCAGAAACCAUUGUACAUAGGUAGUAUUCUUAUUUUAUGCUCACAGGAUAUAAAAAUGCUAAGGCCCUCAGUCAGAACAAGCUGACAGUUUUAUAUGACAGUCAACUCUCUCAUAGCAACCACUUCUCAUAAGCGACCACGAGCCAUGUCCAGCCCUGGCCAUGAAAUCCAGAGUUUCUUCACUUCUUACUUAGUUCCACUCUUCUCAGAGGUGUGGAAGUGUGGAGUAGUCUGACAAAGUAAGGAUAUUGUCGCACUUUCCCCCAGUCAUGAACCCUUUGUCAUUCUUUACUUAGUUCUACACUUCUCAGAGGUGUGGAAGUGUGGAAAAGUCUGACAAAGUAAGGAUAUUGUCGCACUUUCCCCCCAGUCAUGAACCCUUUUUCAUUCUUUACUUAGUUCUACACUUCUCAGAGGUUUGGAAGUGUGGAAAAGUCUGACAAAGUAUGGAUAUUGUCGCAGUUUUCCCCCAGUCUUGAACCCUUUGUAAUUCUUUACUUAGUUCCACGCUUCUCAGAGGUGUGGAAGUGUGGAAAAGUCUGACAAAGUAUGGAUAUUGUCGCACUUUUCCCCCAGUCAUGAACCCUUUGUCAUUCUUUACUUAGUUCUACAUUUCCCAGAGGUGUGGAAGUGUGGAAUAGUCCAACAAAGUAAGGAUAUUGUCGCACUUUUCCCCCAGUCAUGAACCCUUUGUCAUUCUUUACUUAGUUCUACAUUUCCCAGAGGUCUGGAAGUGUGGAAUAGUCCGACAAAGUAAGGAUAUUGUCGCAGUUUUCCCCCAGUCAUGAACCCUUUGUCAUUCUUUACUUUGUUCCACCCUUCUCAGAGAUCUUGAAGUGUGGAAUAGUGUGACAAACUAAGGAUAUUGUCGCACUUUUCCCCCAGUCAUGAACCCCUUGUCAUUCUUUACCUUGUUCCACACUUCUCAGAGGUGUGGAACUGUGGAAAAGUCUGACAAAGUAAGGAUAUUGUCGCACUUUUCCCCCUGUUAAGAACACCUUGUCAUUCUUUACUUAGUUCCACACUUCUCGGAGGUGUGGAAGGGUAGAAUAGUCUGACAAGUUGAGUUUAAUGUCGCACUUUCCCUGAGUCACGAGAAGCUCAGUGCGCUUUAUGAGCACUUGGUUUUAUUUCUGUAUGGUUUUUUACAUUUUUCCUUAAGAAGUAUUUUUAUUUUGAAUAGCAGAUAUAACCAUUGUUUCAAUGCCAGCCGUUGAAAGAAACUUAAAGUUAAGAAAUCCGAUCUCCAACCAACCUUUCUUCCUUAUCAGUACGGGUUCAAAUUUGAUCAUUGUUAGAUCACGCCAUGUAUCCACUGUUUCGUAGUUUUUCCUCUUCUAUAAGGUUAUGUAAAUGCAGAACAUAAAUUAUGAAAAAGACGAAGUGCCCUCUGUUCAUUUUCCUUGUCAUUUUUGCAUAUUUUGACAGCCACGAUCUUAAGAGACCUGACUCCACUAACUCAAAGUUGUACCCAAUUGAAAGCUCCCGGGGUAAAGAUUAUUUGUGUAUUGUAUUUGCGUUAUAAUGUGGCAUUCACAUUUAAAUGAUAUGGAAAUUCCUAAAACAAAACGAUUUAUACCCAAAGGGUUUGAAUUGGGUACAGCAUUUAGUUAGCUGGAUAAAACUAUAGGAGGGAGAAAAACCCAGAAUAAGAUGUCUCAUAUAUGGCACAUUAAAAAUCCAUAGAUGAGAUGACGUUGUUGGAGUUUCCGUUGAAAAAUAAAUAAAUAAAUAAAUGAAGAUAAAGGACUGACGGGAACUUCGUGACAGAGAAAACGUAGGCUUGUUUGAAGGUCGGGUAUUCAAACAGAUAACAGUGAAACAAGGCUAAUAUCUUCUAGUCACAGAAUUGUUUUCUAAACUUAAAAAUAGUAUUUAAAAAGAUGUAAAACGAGUUUCAGGAAUAAAACCAACAAAUACUCCCACUGUGCUUUAUUCUCAUUUCAUACAUAGGAGUGUAACUAAGGAAAGAAUGUCAAGGGAUUCGUGACUGGGGGGAAAGUGCGACAAUAUCCUUACUUUGUCGGACUAUUCCACACUUCCACACGUCUGAGAGGUGUAGAACUAAGUAAAGAAUGACAAAGGGUUCAAGACUGGGGGAAAGGUGCGACAAUAUCCUUACUUUGUCAGACUUUUCCACACUUCCAGACCUCUGAGAAGUGUAGAACUAAGUAAAGAAUGACAAGGGGUUCUUAACAGGGGGAAAAGUGUGACAUUAUCCUUACUUUGUCGGAGUAUUCCACACUUCCACACCUCUGAGAAGUGUAGAACUAAGUAAAGAAUGACAAAGGGUUCAUGACUGGGGGAAAAGUGCGACAAUAUCCUUACUUUGUCGGACUUUUCCACACUUCCAGACCUCUGAGAAGUGUAGAACUAAGUAAAGGAUGACAAGGGGUUAGUGCCUGUGGGAAAAGUGUGACAUUAUCCUUACUUUGUCGGAGUAUUCCACACUUCCACACCUCUGAGAAGUGUAGAACUAAGUAAAGAAUUACAAAGGGUUCAUGACUGGGGGAAAAGUGCGACAAUAUCCUUACUUUGUCGGACUUUUCCACACUUCCACACCUCUGAGAAGUGUGGAACUAAGUAAAGAAUGACAAGGGGUUAGUGCCUGUGGGAAAAGUGUGACUUUAUCCUGACUUUGUCAGACUUUUCCACAAUUCCACACCUCUGAGAAGUGUGGAACUAAGGAUGAAAAAGGAAAGUAGGGAUCUUGUGGCCAGCACUGGACAUUUGUGGCGACCACCUCAGAUGAGCAACCACUAUGAAAAUAACCAUUUUGUUUCUCAGUCAAAUACUGUUUUAAAACCUCUCUCAUAAAAGACCACUGCUUAAACUUUUAAACCAUAAAUUUGACAUAUUCUUUUGUUUUCUGUUUCUUGUAAAUGACCACCUGGUAUGAUCAGGUAUGAUUGUAACAGAACUAUUACUCGAAUGUCACAAAAGUUCAGUUUUUAAAAGCACUGACCGAGCAUCCUGUAAGAUUAUAGCAGUUGACUUUAAAAGAGGAUGGCUGUAAUAAGAUCUGUUGGUGAAAAAGUGGAUUGUAACACACAGUUUAUUAAUAAAUUAAAAUCUGGAAACUGUAGACUGUGUCAUUUGUGGAUGACAGGUCAAUGGCAGACUGUAUACAGUAUUUAUCAGUUAAGGUUAAUUUAUUUUCUGAUCAAUGAUAGAGACUUCCACGUGGAGUGGGUGAACUGAAGAAACUCAGAGUACUGGACCUUGAGGAAAACAGGCUAGAACUACUACCCAAUGAAAUUGGUAAAUUUGUCUCCAUUUUGUUUGUUUUUUGUUUUUUUUUUGUUGCUGUUUUUGUUGUUGUGCUUAUCAUGGUCCUAUCAAUUAAUUUGCAAUUAAGUGUGUAAUCAAUGCAUUUCAUUUUUUUUCUUCUCAGCAUAUCUGAGGAAUCUAGAACGAUUAGUUUUGCAGUCAAAUAACCUCACCACUCUUCCAAAAUCAAUAGGGUAAGUCCCUGCAAAUUCAUGAACACUGAAUGAAAAAGAGAGACUGUUCAAGUGGUGAUUUUUAGCUCCCCAUGUUUUUCUGAUGCAUUAUGUAACAUUUUUAUUUAGUUAGUUUUAUUUUAUUUUAUUUGCCACACAAUAAUUAAAAAAAAUAUAGGAAAAGUAGAAAAAAAGAAGUGGCGAGGAGACCUACCGGGUAACGGAAAUUAUAGGAGCUUGUGAGAGAUUAGGCCUCCUUGAAGUAUGAGCUAGAGCUGGAGAUAUACACUGUAAGGACAUGUGACAUCCUAAUAGAAUAAAUAUAUUGUUUCCAUGUUUUUGCUGUGUUUAUGUUGUGAGGAAUGUGAAAUGUUUUCAGCAUUGAUUAAAUUUUUAUUUACUUCUCACAUUUCCAAGCUAACUUUGGGUAUCAGUUUUUCUCCUUGAUAUUUUGCUUUUAAAGGUGUUACAGUAAAACACUGAUCUCUCUAACCCUUGGUUUUUGAAAUUCCUGAUAAUUUGAACCUAACCAAGCUUCCUUCAUCGGGCAAACACUUUAAUUUUUCCCCUGAUUUUUCAAACCUCGUGACAAUUGAAAACAAAUUGCCUUUCCCAAGGUUGUUUAAAAAUGAGGAUUCAACUGUUUAUGAUAUUAAUUAUGCCAUACUUGCUUUCUUUUCCAGUUACCUUACAAACGUUCAGUAUUUGAGCGUAGGUGAAAAUGAUCUCACAGAACUUCCAGAUGAAAUAGGUAUGAAAAAUACUUAGCAUAAAGAGCAAGAGUAUGACUGACUGUGACUUAGAACAUGGAGACCCUGCAUGCAUUUGAAUGAUUUUUCUAGUAUUGGUCUAGUUAUUGGUCUUGUACAGGGCUGUGCUUUGAUGGAGUUUGGUGGCACUUGUCAACUUACCUUUUAUUUUAUCUUUGGGGUACCAGGAAUUAAAUUUUUAGUUUUUGAAAAACACUUGAGUACAUAAAAAAGCACUUGGUACCCAAGAUUUCAUAGCUUAAGUUGGUCUCAUAAUUAUUGAUAGGGCAUGGCUUUAAUACAGUGUUAUUCAGUGAAAAGUAGUAGAGAAUUUAUUCCAACUUAAAGAGUACUGGUAUCCCAUAAUGCAUUCCUUACUGUACAAAGGGGAAUAUUGUUAAUUGUUGAAGGCUUAGAGAAAAACUCGUAACAUAGCAAUAAAAGUUCAAGUGAUUAUUAAAAACCACGCUCUCAGUGAUCAAAAAGGCAAAUUCAUAAAAUACCUGCCUAGUUUUCAUGUGAGGUACUAGCAGAUGUCUUGGUAACUCAUUUCAAACUUUGCAGAAAAUAAACACAUUAUGGCUGAAACUCACAGUAAACCACUUUUUGUUGCAGGUAAAAUGGAAUCUUUAGAGCAGCUGUACCUUAAUGAUAAUGACAGUCUUCAAGUGCUUCCUUAUGAGCUGGCCCUCUGCAGUGCACUACAGAUUAUGAGUAUAGAGAAUUGUCCUCUUGGCAGUUUUCCUAUUGAAGUCGUAAAUGGUGGUCCUUCAUUAGUCAUUCAGGUAUAAGUGAUUCUAACACUGUCAUUAAUUUUAUGCUCACUGUCAUUCUAGUGAAUAUUUAAUUUAGCUUUACUAUUAAUAUUAUUAUUAUUAUUAUUAUUAUUAUUACUAUUAAAUAAAUAGUCAAUAAUUUUACACUUUACAAGGGUGCAUCCACCUAAAAAGAGGACUAGGAAGGUACAAUGCAAGCCUUUCUUGACCUCUACCUAAGUACUCUAUUUUCUUUUUUAAUUUUUAAUCUUUUUUUUCUUUUUGAUACUUAAGUAGUGAGCAGCACUCUGCAAACAGUAGCUAUAAAAUUAGUAAACUUUUUUCUUCUCCUAUGCAUUUUGUCUACCUAACAUAAUUUUCUUCAGGGAGUUUUACGAACAAACACUAAACGCCUGUAUUUAAGCCAUAACUUGUGACUUAGAAAAUGAUGGCCACAAACACUGAAGGUCUGGCCAUAUUUAUAAGAGGCAAAGGGCACAGCUGUGAAAUUUUUACUCAAGGGCAUGAGAAAAUUUUGGGGCCUGAAAACGAGGCCCCAAAAUUUUAUCACGCCUUGCAUAAAAUUUAAUGGCUGUGCCUUAAAAGCAUUCAAAGUAAACUUUUCUUAUUUGACAGUACCUCAGAAUCCAGGGCCCAUACAGAGGAAUGAUGAGUCAGGCAGGAAUGGUGCCUUCAUCGGAUGUAUGA